ACUCUAGUGCGAUUAUUCCCCCUGCCCCCACUGGGUUUCUUUCACAAUUUAUUUGGUUGUGAGCCAUGGUCUGUGUAAAGUGGAUCAUGUUAUGUUUUUGCUUCAUCUUUUGGAUAAUUUGUUCAUUUUUGUGCUAUCAUAAAUGAUGCGAGCUGCUUGGACAAGAGAUUUUUGCGGCAGGUGGCAAUGUGAGAUGAAUUUGCAGCUUUGCUUGCAGAGCAGACAUGCAUAUCCUCAAGCAUGAAUUGCCGUGUAACGGUAGCCUCUCGUCUGCUGAUGGAUCCAAAUUCUCAAAAAAGACAGUCACAAACAGCAUUUACUUCCUGGUUUUAGGUCAGAUGGGACACAGUGGUUUGUAAUGUUGUUUUGAGGUUCUUGUAUGGUAAACAAAAACCUUUAGCACUGUAAGGACCUGACGAUGGAAACACUCAAGAUGGGGAGCUAGCUCGCUACAGUAGAAGCCAAAUUCCACGUCUGGAUAUGCAAUGCAAAUUUCACGAUGAAGGCCUGUUUAUACCUUGUCAGUUUUGAUAGAACCAACUUCUAAUUUGUAAUUGGAUGGCGUUAUAGCAAGAUGUGCACGGAAGUAAGCAGUUUGAUGGUGAAGCCAAGUGUUCUUAUGCCUUUUAGUUGCAACAGUCUUUUUGAAACGGUCGUCUGCCAUGGCUGUCAUCGGGCUGAGGCAACCAGAUUAGAGUAGGGGAGCGGUGGUAACCUAACCUUUCUGUUCUGGCCCCCUGCCUUAUCAAGCCACGAGGUGUCAUUUGCUUACAGUUAAACAAGAAUUUGAGAAGACGCUUGUUAAAUAGUGACAGUCUUUAAUUAGGCUACAUGCCACUCUUGAAAUGCAAUCAGAGAAACUGUUAAUGGAUUAUUUUUUAUUUUUUUAAAUAUGGUUAGGUGUUAAGGUGGGUAACAAACUUGUUGGUUUGCGUGUCAGUGUGUGUUCCAGAAAUGUGUUAAUUGUUAGAAGGUGGUGAGUAUGUAUCAUGUUUGUUUAGAGGCAGAUAGGAUUUCAGUCUCUUCCUCCUGAGUCCAUCUAAAUCUAAAACUCGGUGUUAUGUAAGAGAACUUAAUCUUUACAAUUAAUCAUGCCCAGGUAAAAAGACAAAAAGCCUCUCUUUGUUUACGAUUUCACACACACAAAUUGCUUGAUUUCCUCGAGAGUGAGCUAGUACAUAGUUGGCCAGGAUAUUAUUUCCAGGUAAAAGAAGAAAGGAAAGUUUUUAAGAUCUGUUGUGAAUUUCAAGGUUUCAGAACCGCUCAUGUAUGUUUCAGGCCUGUUGUUAAAAUGGUGCCAUGGGCUGCCUAUGUAGCGCUAAAACUCUUAGAUUAGCAUCUUCUCAUUGACAUGGUAGUAUUUGCCACCAUUACUCUAUCCCCACGUCUCACUAGAUAUUUGCACAAGGGAAAUAAUGUGCGCCGUUGAGGCCGCAGUUGAUGAUCGUACCUGGGGAACGUUCCAGGGCGAUGCAUUCUAGGUUUGUCUCACAGUUGGGUAUAAGCGUUGACAGCUCGACCCACUCACCCAGCACAUUUGCCAUGGGGAGCCUGAUAAAUGGUGUCACAUAUCUUGGUGGCUACUGCCUGGCAGGGGCAGCCUUCAAUGUGUUUAUGACGCGCAUCUCUCACUUGGGCUAUUGUGUUGGGAAUCGUGAAUACCAUUUGCCAACCUUCGAACAAUAUCCUUUUGUUUACUAUUCUCUGGAAGAGGAGCCAUCAGUCGGUCCCGGUGCUGUCACUAAGCCACUGAGGAAGACAUGAUCCAGCAUCUACUUCGCAAAUGUUUGGAUUCUACAAGGCUUCAGAUAUGGUUAUUGAGUUUGUCAAGAGGACCAAUCUUCAGGGGGGCAUUUACAAAGACCUUGUUUCUGUCGUUUGAUCCCUUGGCAAUAUUUUAGUUCUAGACUAACGGGACCCCAGGCUUUAUCUGACCUUUGUGGUGCAUUUGAACUGGGCAAUGUCAUUUAAGUCCUUUAAGGAUCUUGGUGUUUCUGCUGAACGUUUGAGCUCUAUGUGUAAGAGAUGGAUUACUCGCACCCCAAGCAGCAGCUCCGGCAACAACAUGAAUGGGUCUUUAGAACAGUUGGACCAGCCCGAUCCAGACACCAUCAAGAUGUUUGUUGGGCAGAUCCCAAGGGCCUGGACAGAAACCGAGCUGAAGGAGUUGUUUGAGCCUUAUGGUGCCAUUCACCAAAUCAACAUUCUUCGCGAUCGUACUCAAAACCCACCCCAAAGCAAAGGUUGCUGUUUUGUUACGUUUUAUACCAGAAAGGCUGCUCUGGAGGCCCAAAAUGCAUUGCAUAACAUAAAGACCUUAACUGGGAUGCAUCAUCCCAUUCAGAUGAAGCCUGCCGACACAGACAAAACUAACGGUGAGCGUCAGCACUCUGUGGAAGACCGCAAGCUUUUCAUCGGUAUGGUGUCAAAAAAGUAUGGAGAGAACGAGAUUCGGAUGAUGUUCUCCCCAUUCGGACAGGUAGAAGAAUGCCGAAUUUUGCGCGGACCAGAUGGCACCAGCCGAGGCUGUGCAUUUAUUACGUUUUCUACCAGGGCAAUGGCACAGAAUGCAAUCAAAACCAUGCAUCACUCACAGACUAUGGAGCAGGGCUGUUCCUCUCCCAUGGUGGUGAAAUUUGCCGACACCCAGAAGGACAAGGAGCAGCGGCGUCUGCAGCAUCAGCUGCAGCAGAUGCAGCAGCUCAACAGCACCUCCACGUGGGGGAACCUUUCAGGCCUCGGUGGCCUCACCCCACAGUACCUGGCAUUGCUUCAGCAGGCAACCUCCUCCAGUAACAUGAGUCAGUUUGGCGGCAUGCAGCAACUUGGUGGUAUGAGUGCUAUGCAGCUGCAGAACCUGGCCACGAUAGCUGCCGCUGCUGCCCAGGUCACAGCCAACCCCUCCAGCUCCCAAAUGUCAUCCUCCAACGGAGGGGGCCUUGCCGGUCUGGCUAGCCAAGGUGCAGGCAACACUAGCGCAGCUAUGAGCUCUCUGGCAUCUUUGGGGGCCCUGCAGGGCCUUACAGGGGCAUCAGUGGGUUUCGGCAACCUAAGCGCCCUCCAAGGGAAUGUGAACAGUAUGGCUGCCCUUAAUGGCGGACUGGGCGGCUCAAGUCUAAACAAUGGAUCAGCAGCGAGUACAAUGGAUGCCCUCACCCAGGCUUACUCAGGGAUGCAGCAGUACACUGCCUCGGCCCUGCCCUCUCUCUAUAACCAGUCUCUGCUGCAGCAGGGGGCUGCUGGGAGCCAGAAGGAGGGGCCUGAAGGAGCCAACCUCUUCAUCUACCACCUGCCACAGGAGUUUGGGGACCAGGAUGUCCUGCAGAUGUUUAUGCCUUUUGGAAAUGUGGUAUCUGCCAAAGUCUUCAUCGACAAACAGACCAAUCUGAGCAAGUGCUUUGGGUUUGUCAGCUAUGACAAUGCGGUAUCAGCACAGGCGGCCAUCCAGUCCAUGAACGGCUUCCAGAUCGGUAUGAAGAGGCUGAAGGUGCAGCUGAAACGAUCAAAGAAUGACAGCAAGCCCUACUGAUGUCAUCAGGGGACCUCGCCCCCUUGCUGUCAAGUUAGCACUGCAAGGGUAAGUCCUCUAUGAUGCACCAGAGGCAGAUACUGCUGUAUAUAUUGGUAGGGUCUUAGAGGUAUUAUUGGACAUGAAAGUUAAUCAUGUGUUUCUUUGUCCACUUUCUUUUUAAUCUAUAUAAAGUUAGCUGUGAAUGAAAUACGGAGUAUGAAAAUUACCGUUCUUUUACAUUUGUCAUCCAAUUUCUGUUUUGGUGUGAUUUCUGUUUGGAUGGUUUUCAUUUAUAUGCUUGAUUACUGAAUAUGGGUACUGAAUGUACAGUAUUAAGAUUUAGAGAAGACUCCUUUGCACUCUUCUUAACCAAGUCAAAGACUUGUUCAUGGCACAACAAAAUUCUUGUUGCCCAAAGAAAUGUUUUGCUCAUUCCUUUAGAGUUCUCUCUUCCUUUCAAUUGAAGCUGAACAAAAUGUGUGUUUGUAUGUAGAGAUGAAUAGUGAGUUUGAUGGCUUGACAUUUUGAUUUCUAAACAAAAAAAAGAAUACAAUGUAUAUUUUUAUACAAAAAUGCACUGCCUCAAAUUGGACUCUUGCAGUAAUUCCAAUUCUUGAGUGGACUCCUUUUUUUUUUGUUUUGUGUUUUUUAAUUUUUUUUUUUUUUUACUUAGCAUUGUAAUGCUUUUUGCAACAAUAAAAACAAUCCCAGACUCCAAGGCCCAAGCAUGGCCUUUCACCUUUACUCGCGGCCACUCUGCUUUGCCUUCCUGUUCACUCACAUUGUCACCUCUGUCAGCCGUUAAAUGUUUGCUACCAUCAACUGAAGCUUAAGUCCAGAUUUCCCCAAAUAAUUUCCUGUCCCACGUAAUGUAGGCUGGGUGCAUGCCUUCAUCUAUGUAUGCACUUGUAGGCCCUUUUCCACUGUUAUAGGGGAAAUUUAGGCAUCCUCAGUAUGCUUUGUCCUCAUUCUUGCUACUUUGUGCUUUUACAUCUCAUUGUUGCGUGUGUAGUCUAAUAAGAUGUGCACAGUUACUUAUAUUUGUGUGUGUGGUUGUGUCGCAAUGUGUCUAACUCUCUCUCUCUCUCCCUCUCUCUCUCUUUCUCUCCCACCUUUCCUUUGCUGUCUUAUUUCCCCUCCUUUCUGUGUUCACUCCCCUCCUUUCUUCUUGAUUCUUUGCUUUCUUCCCUCAGAAGAAACCUCCAUCCCUGUUUGCUCAUCUUUGUUCUAGCAUGUCUCCAUGACUCUCAGAUCCAACCAAAAACAAACCCUUGGCCUCACCACCACAUCAUUGUCUGACGGCUCUCUUAAGUUCAGUCAUUGCCCGGCUUCUGUCUACUGAUGCUCAGAUGUUAUGUGAUUUAUAAUUUCUUUUUUUUUUUUCAUUUUUUUUUUAUGCUUUCCUUUGGUCUGGUUUUGCAUGUAACUUAAUUUCACAUCUAGCUGGUCUGAAAUCUAACCUGUGUUUGUAGAAGACUGGAUUUUUGUAAACAGAUUUCACAACAACAAAAAUCUGUGGGGGAGGUUUUUUUUUUUUUUUUUUUUUUUUUUUUAAAUCCCAGAUCUUAGUAAACUUGAACGUUCAAUACAGGGAUUUGCACAAAACCAUCUAAUGCCACUAGCAAUACUGUUCACUGGCUUAAGAAAUACACUGAGCAGUUUUAAGAGAGGGGAAGGUUAGUAUCUGAAUUUGUCAUACUUUGACCAAGGCCAUUGCUAUCGUCUCUUCAGAAGGAAAAAUAAUACUUAGGUUUACUGGGAUAUUUCUUUCUCAUGAAGGCACAGAACAUUUUUUUUAAACGAAAAGAUUCACCCAUUUGGGGAAAGUGCUACCUACAAUAGUCUUUUUUCUAGAACUGAUUCACAACUAGACAAUCUGUGGUUUAAAUGCACACUAGAAUACCUAUAUUUUUACUGUGGAGAUGUGAAAUAAAGGAGAAUAUUAGGAUAUAAAUACUAACUGCCCCAGUAACAAUGGUGUCUGGAUUUAACAAUUUCACUUAAUUUGUAUGUGAUGUUCCAAUGUGUUGUGUUUUACAGAAAGCUGAAUUCUUUUUUUUGAUUUUUGAUUUUUUUUUCCUAGAGAAAAUAAGGCUUUCUACCGAUACUGCUAUUGCUGUUGUGAACUUUUUUAUUUUUAGUUGUCUUUAAAUCUAUAGUGCUUUGUUUCAAUUUCUUCUUACUGUGUAAAUCUCUGUACAAAAAUGUGAGAUUUAUAUAGAAAAUGGUUUGCCAACAAUUCAAGUGCAUUUCUUUUAUAUGGUCUAACAUGGGUGUUUUAAUUUUCUGUGUGUUAAUGAACAGUUUAUGUUUGCGAGAUGAAGUUUGGAAAUAGCAGUAAGCAUGUCAUUUAAGAGGGAUGGACAUGUUUAAACCUCCCUUGUUAAAUGUGCUCCCAUUUACAUACAGAUGUGAAGUCUCUUGUUUUUCCUCAUAGUCAACAUAGGUUUUCACUGAAGCAUGCUCACAUAUAAACAGUUCUUCUAAGACGGUUCAUCUGUAUUCUUCAGCUCUAUAACCAUGAGAACACAUGAAAUGUUGUUCAGGCACAGAGGUACGCAAUUUUCUAGCUAUACGGAAGUGUACAGACAGACAAACUAGAGCACAUUAGGUGUUAGAAACCCUGCUUGAUUUUGUCACCGGAUUUGAGGUGUUUCAGUUUAUGGUGUCAUCGGUCACUUUUAGGAUGUUGCACAUACUUUUUUGGUUGCCAGAAAUUAAUGUUUACAUACACGCACAGGAGCACCACACCUUUUCUCAGAUUUUUCUUGGCAAACAGCAGUAGGCCUUAAUUAGCUAUUCAUUUCUCUUUGCUAUAAACCCAAGCCAGUGGAAUAGGCUAUGUUAUGAGGAACAUGAUGAUAACCUCCAAAACCGAUAUUUUACCAAAGCAUUCCAUUUGAAUCUGAAAAAAAAAAAAAAAACUUGCCGUUUACAUAGCACAGUGCCCACCCCUACCCACUUAGUGCCCCCAAGGUCUGCAUUCUAUCAGGAUAUGUCUAUGGUGAAAGUUGUGGCACUAUGACAUUCACUCAGGGUCUAUUGUGUCUGGGAAACUAAUUUCUGUUUAGAAAACAAGCAAAUCUUUCAUGGACCUUCUGUGAUAUCUCUCUGGGACCACAGAAUCAGACGCAACAGGAUGAAAUGAAAAGAAAAAAAAAAUUGCCCUCAAAUCAUAACUUGGUUGUAUACAACUUACACAAUAUACUUUUUUUUUUUUUCUUCAGUGGUUUGACUUCUAAAACAUCAAAAAUGGGGAAUGAUCAUCAUUAAAGAUUGAAAAAUAAAUGAUCCCAGCACAAGGAAAGAAAGGGGUAUGUGCCCUUUUUGAGAUGUGCAUAUAGAGUGUAAUGUGUUCACAACCACAAAUGCAUGACAUUUUCCCUGUAUUUGAAAUAAAUGGUGUGUGUGUAUUCAGUACUUAGUUAUUUGUUUUCAUAUAUAGUGCAAAAGUUAAGUUAAAAUACAAAGUGCCAUAAUCUCCGGAGUAACUGCCUAGAAGGUAUUGCUAGUAUUAGGAACUUGAGCUGAAUCCCUAUGAAAAGGGGGGCACUGAAGUUUUUUUUUAUUAUUAUUAUUAUUACUCUGAACCAUCACUUUUUUCAAUGUUUUUCUUGUAGAUGUUCUUUUCAAGUGAUUUAACAAAUAAUGAAUUUGGGAUUAAAACAUAAAUCUGGCUUUCAUUAAUAUGCCUCGGUUCAAUGUCAUGUUCUUACAUUUAAAAUAAGUGAUUAAACACAACAUUGAAUGAAGCAAUGGAACUGACCCAUGCGUCUGACCUCUUUUGCUCUAAACACGCUGAUUUUAAAGACACCCUUCAGCAUUGUGCCAUGAGAAAAAAACCAUGAGUGUCCUAUACCAUACUAGUUAUUGUAUAAUAGUGUGAUAAUUUUGCCACAUAACCUAAAAGUAAUCGAUCAGUAAAGUGAAUGGUGGGCAUGUGACCCAUACUUUUGUUUAAGUUGUCAUAUAUGAAGAUAAAAGCACAAUAUUGAAACGGGUCAUGAAAUUAAGUGGCCAUGUCAAAUAUUUCUCAUCCCCAACACUCAAUUUGUAUGGUUUGUUUCUGUGUCCUUUUCUGGUGCUCUUAAGUGCUUUCAAAUCAAAUUUGUAGUCGCUUUGCAUCUUUUGGAUAUUGUGGAAUAAAUGUCCUGUCUUUUCUUUCUCCUUUGUAACAUUUAAGCUUGUAUGUAAUCUGAUAGUUUUAUUAUCCUUCAAAGAUUUUGAUAGAUACAUGUGUUUUGAGAAAAGCCAAAGGAAUUGCAUUUUGGUGUUUUUGCCUGCAUAACAAAUUAUCUUGGAUAUAAGGCUUUCCUCUUUCUACAGCUGGUUGUACUAACACAUUUUGUACCGGUGGAUCGUUUUUAUAUUGGAAAUUAAAGGAAAAAUUCUAUAUUGGAAAAAAAAA